AUGAAUCCACAAAAUAAACAACAAAAUAAUUAUUUGUAUACUCAACAACAAUCAUCGUCUUCAUAUUCUUAUACACCUUUAGUUCCACCUACUUCCAUUAAUGAUUUUUGUGGCGUAGUUCGCAUUGGUUUUGGUUCUUUUGCACAAGUUUAUAAAGGCUAUGAAUUGAUUAAUCCAAGGCCAAUAAUGUAUCGAGAAGUUGCUCUUAAAAAGAUUAAUCUUGCUGCUAUUACUGAUCCGGCUAUUUACAAGACAACAAUAAAUGAAGUUAAAAUUUUUACCAAUUUUAACCAUCAAAAUAUUGUCAAAUGUUUUCGUUCAUUUGAAGAGAUUUCGCCUUUAUCGGUGAUCAUUGAUUUUUAA